AUGUUUGGAUCGUCGUCCGGAGCAUACACGUUUUGGAUGUACGAGGAGGCCAAUGGGUCUUCCAUAAUAACUGUGAACUUGAUCUUUCCAGCAAUGGCAUCAUCCAGCUUCUUGAAAAACGUCUCCCAAUUAGACUUGGUUUCCGGUGCCAUCGAGUCAGACGUUUCCUGGAACACUCUCGAGUGCAACUCUUCUCUCACCUGGCGCAACAAUCCUUCCAAAGUGGUGAAUCUUCCGCCCAACGUUCCUGGGGUCAGAUCAAGGUUGAGCUCUGGGAUUUUCAUACCACACGUCUCGGACUUCAAGAUGUCUCUGCCGAGAUCCUCUGGGUCGUCACAGUACAACUCAACACGCUUUCCCUUGUCUGGGACAGCACCUCCUGUCUUGACCUCAUUCGACUUGUAUCCACACCGUUCGCAGGUGGUGGACAUAAUGAUCACGUCUUUAAAAUGA